AUGCCGGCAGCUGCCUCCUCCCCACACUCACAGCACAGGCACCCCCUAAGCACCUUAGCACCUUGGGCACACCUCCCAGCACACCCCUACAACUGCCCCCUCCCCACACACUACAGGCACUCCCUCAGCACCUUAGCUGCCUCCUCCCCACACACCACAGGCACCCCUCAGCACCUUGGGCACCUCCCCGCACACCCCCACCGCGGCCCCCCCCCCACACACCCCAGCCACUCCCUCAGCACCUUACGUACACCCCUCAGCACAACCCUGCUGCCCCUCCCCACACACACCAUUGCCACCCCCACAGCACACAAGGAACACCUCACAGCACACCCCUACAGCUGCCCCCUCCCCACACACCACAGGCACACCCUCAGCACCAUAGGCACACCUCCCAUCACAACCCUACUGCUGCCCCUCCCCACACACACCAUUGGCACCCCUCAGCACACUAGGAACACCUCACAGCACACCCCUGCCCCCUCCCCACACACCACAGUGGACGCCACAAAGAAGCCUCUGCAGCAACCAUACGAUGGCCCCUUCACCGUCAUCAAGAGGACGCGGAAGAACGUCACCAUUGACCGCCACGGCAAAUCCGAUGUCAUCGCCAUCGACCGGGUCAAGCCCGCGUACCUCCUGCAGCCGGAUCCUUCACCCACCAACACCGUCUGCUAA